AUGAAUAAUAAUAAAUCAAUUUGUUUUCCAAAUUUAAUAUUUGUAAAAAUUUUGAAAUUAUCAAUCCAAGAAUCAUUUUAUGAAGGUAAACAAUUUGAUUUUUAUUGUAAAAUCUCAUUGGUUUGUAAAAGUUGGAAUUUAUUUAUAUUACCAAAAUUACAAUUAGAUGAUUAUAUUUUCAAAGGUGAUGAUUACAUUUAUUCAUAUUUAAAAGUUAGAGAUAAGAUUCAUUCAUUAUUUAAUAGUAACCAUGAAACUGGUUAUAGAGUCGAAGAAAAUAAAGACAUUAGUUUUUAUUAUUCAUCAUUAGAUGUUCCAUCAUUGCUAACUGGCACUUAUAAAAUACCAAAGGAAACAAUUCGUUUUAAUGAAAAUUAUCAUCCAAAGGAUCCAAAAGCAAGUAAAGAUUUUAAAAAAGUGAAAACUUUUAAAAAUGAAAAUGAAGUUAAUUAUGAUUUUAACAUUUAUAUUGAUGAUAAAGAAUGUGGUACAAUUUUUGAACCAGAUUUAAAUUUAAUUCAAAGUUUUUCAAAGAAAUCAAGUUUUGGAAAUGGUGUUGACACAGUUUACGAUGAAAACAUUAGAAAAGGUUAUCAUAUUGAAGGUAAUAGAGUUAAAGUACCAUUUUUCCAAGAAAAAGCAGAAAAUUAUAAAGAUUAUAAAGUAAUGAAUCAAUUUGAUUUCAAACAUCCAUUAAAAGAAAAUCAAUUCUUUUAUAAGAAAACAAACUAUGAUCUUGAAUUAUAUAAAAUUCAUAUUUAUAAUGAAGGUGGUCAUUUUCAACCACAUAUCGAUACCAUUCAUUCUAAAAAUCAUAUUGGUACCUAUAUUGUUCCAUUAGGUGUUGAUACAUAUGAAGGUGGUGAAUUUAUAAUCUCUGAAAAUGAUACAUUCGAUCAAACAACCAUUAAUUAUAAAAUUGAAGCAAAUGAUAAUAAACUACAAGAUUCAAUCGAUUUCAAAUGGAUUGCAUUCUAUAAUGAUUGUAUUCAUACGGUUACUCCAGUUACCAAAGGUGUUAGAAUUGUAUUACAAUUUAAUAUUCUAUUUAUUAAUGAAGAAAGAAAAGAAAAUGAACCACUUAUAACUUUUAAAAGAAUGGAUGAUUUCUUUGAAUAUAGAAAUGAACCAACCGAAUAUUCUGAAAAAGAUAAAUUCUUAACUUUAAAUUAUCAAAAUAAGAAUGAAUCUGAAAAAGAUUGUUCAAUCAAGGCCAAUAAAAAACAUUUACAAAAGAUGAUUUCAAUUUUUGAAAAUGUAAUCAAUGAAAGAUCAGUAAAUUGUGGUAUAUUCCUUUCUCAUCUUUAUAAAUCAAAUGUUAAUGAAAAUCAUUUGAAAGGUUUAGAUCUUUUGAUUUGGAAUGAAAUUAAAAAUUAUUUUGGCAGUGAAAGAGUUCAAGUUUUUACCUUCUUAAUUAAUAAUAGAGGUGAUAAUCAAUUAAUCAUUGAAAAGGUUUCAAAUAAAACUAUGAAUGAACCUGAUAAAAGUAAAAAUAAUAAAGUAACACCUCACACAAUAUUAUUUUGUGGUUCUAAAUAUGGUAAUUUAAGAUGUCUCUUAAGUAGACCACAAGAAUAUACUGGUAAUGAUUCUUAUCAACAAGAGGAUAUUGGUGUAUUCUCUGCAAUUGUUAUUAAUAAAUUAAAUACAAAUUAA